UCUUCUCCUUUUUUUUCUUUCUUUCUAAGCAUCGCUUCGUGUUUUGUUGCGUUUUUAUACACCGCGUUGUUAGUAAGUUAAACGGCGCAGUGCGCGCCGCGCGCGUCGUCUCUGCGCAGGAUCCUGCAGAAUUAAAAGUGCGGCGUGAGGCCGAGGGGACGGACGCCGGCCGCUCCGAAGGCACCAGUUCCUCGACUGAACGCGGAAAGACGGGGAUCCACGCGGCUCCAUCGGGGGUGUCGCUGCUUCUGAUUGGACGUUGGCUUUUUUUUCUUUUUCAGAUUCAACUUAUUUUUUUUUCCCUCUUGUAUCUUGGACUCAAAGUUCUGCUGCAAAAAUGAGGCGAUGAUGCCGUAUCAACUUCAUUUUUCAUCAGAAAAGAUGGAAAAGCUUUCAGCCAUAAGCGUCGAGUGGGUGGAUUGUUAAAGGAGGCUGGUGAAGCUUUUUGGAGAAUUAAAUUGCAUUUUUGCUGCGGUUGAAGUGGAGCCGCAGAGUUCAUUUGUAAUCUUGAGGAGUAACAAGAUCAAGAUUAUCUACUCAGACACAUUUCCAUGUAAACGAGCUGAUUUCUAAAACAUCUGGAAGGAUACAGAAGAUUGACUAACAUACAUACUGUCUACUUACUAGUCAAAAUGAAUGGAACUAUAAUAUUUAGAUUUAAAACAACAAUCCUUUUGCGUCCUUUAACUCAGUGUUAAUGCAAGUCCGUCCUGAAAUUGAUGAAUCUCUGAACGAGGUGGACAAUGUGCUAAAAAAAAACAAGCCACCCUCAACAUUUUAAAGGCAAAUAACCUCAUCAUCAACUCGUGGCAUCCAGGUCCUUCGAGCCUCUGCUUUUCGGAGAACAUUUUGAUGACAUUUCAUUGAACAAAAACUUUUUUGUUUUUUUACUGAGCCCUUCAUGAACUCAUCCAGGACGUCUCACUGACGGAAUGUUUCUGCAUCUGGAACUGUUUUUAAAUCCCUUUUAUUAUCCCUGUUAACUUCUUUUAGCAAUUCCAAGGAUCUUGGAAAUGACUUUCGUGAUCAACAAGAAGUCGUCAUAUACAGCGGCCAUCUUGGAAGAAAGCCGUCGCUUUUGAACUCACUUCAAUGCGUCAGCUUUCAAGCGACGCCGCCGAACUGUCGUUGCCGGUGAAGCAACGACAGAUUACAUUUUAAUCUGCAAUAUCUUUUUUUACAUUUUUUUAUCCCAGAAUGUGAUAAAAGUGCCAGAAAUUGUCUUUUUUUCCGUCUCAUCGCCCCAAAAGUCGCCUCGUUGGGAGCUCUCGGCACGCCCCCCCCCCGCCUUUUCGUCGCCAUGGUGAUGUCGCAGGGCACCUACACCUUCCUGGCCUGCUUCGCCGGCUUCUGGCUGGUGUGGGCGCUGGUCGUCCUGCUCUGCUGCUUCUGCAGCUUCCUGCAGCGCAGGCUGAAGCGCGGCCACGACGAGCGGCUGCGGGAGCAGUGCCUGCGCACCGUGGAGAUGGAGCCGCUCGGCUGGCCCCCCGGGGGGGGGAGGUACCCGCCUCCUCCCCCGCCUCCCCCACCGCCCCUGCAGCUGCCCCGCGAGCCGCCGCAGUUCGUCCCUCCUCGAAGCCUGUCGCCGCCUCUGCCUCUGCAGGUCCCUCAUCCGAUGCCGCAGGCCAACUGGGUCAGCAUGCCAGACACAGACCUCUUUGGGAAGCCGCCCUGCUACGAGGAGGCCGUUCUGAUGGAGGACCCUCCUCCGCCCUACAGUGAGGUCCUGGCUGACCCCCGGGGGGGCACCUACCUGAAGCCAGCCCCGCUCCGACCCGCGGCCCCCCUGCCCCCGCCUCCGAGGGAACCCCAGGAUCCUGCUCCGGUGUCCACAUCGGAGACCAGCAAGCCUCCCGCGACGGCUGUGUUCCCCGAGCGAGGUUACUCCUCCCUGAUCCGCCUGCCUUCGUCCCAGCGCUGGGACUCCCUGGGACACCUCCUGUCCAACAUGGACCUGAACCACAACAACCUUACCCCGCCGGGGGCCCGCUCCGUCCAGGCCGCCGCCGGGAUGGCUACCAUGCCCCGCCGAGAGCCCAGGACUCACCACAAUGGACAUGGGCUGAGAGGAGGGACACAAGGACUUCAAGGGGAGAUCCAGGGGUUCCAAGGGGGGUUACAGGGGCUUCAGGGGGUCCACGGUCUGAGGGGACUGGAGCCAAGCUGUGGCCUGCCAACAGCCUUCCCACUGCUGGGUCGCAGCACCGCCGUCUAACUAACCAACAGGUUGGUCCACCUCUGAGGAGCCUUCAAGGAGGAGAUCUACAAAGACAGACUUCCUGUCCGGAACGCCACCUUUGCGGCUCCGUGUUUGCAGGACUAACACAGCUAGCAGCACAGAUAAAAUUCCCCAAAUGAGCUAAAAGGAGAUUUAAAGGACCCGACGUGCAGCUGCUCAGGCGAGGGGCGCCACCGCUGGGAUCGUGGCUUCCAACUGCGCGUGCGAGCGCAGACGGGAAACGACGCCUCGCGCCGCUGGCACGUAGACGCUGAGUGAGUCGCAGUUUCAAUGGGCGAAGAGAGAAGAAGUAACCAGUAAUGUGGUGAUUCAAAAGGAGCAUCGACAGGCACAUCUGUUUCUCCACCUUUCAUCCAGACCCUUCAUUCCCCCCCCUCCCCCCUCACCUCACCUUCUCCCACACACAUCAUGUCACCCUCGCGUUUCGUUCAUCCCUCUCGUCUAUCAGUGCCUGAGCAAACUAUUGUACCAGUCUGCUGUUGCCAUGGCUCCCGGGAACUGUCUAUUGCCCACGACGACCUCUCCUCUUCUCGUGUGCUCUGAUCUGCUCGUCCGUCCGAUGCGUUGACGAGUGCAGAGGAAGACGUGGUGACAGAAAAAAAAAAAAAGGUAGAGCAGAAGAAGCUCUUCAGAGAAGCGGCUGCACUUGCUUUUUGUAACAUGUUGCGUUGUUGUUUUGCGAUGUCUUUAUGAACAAAGAGCCGUGCGUCCUCAUUCGGGAAGCUGGGUUGUUUUGCCGCAUUUGGGCAAAACACAAUUUUUUAAUGUACAAAUUUACCAUUGUUCUUUUGAGCUUUGUGACAAAUGCCUUUUCUGUUGUGAAACAAAAACAUCUUCCACAGCUGGGCUUCUUCAUUUAAGGAACAAAAAAUAGACACAAAUGUCCAAAUUACCGUAAAAUAAUGGAUUCUUCUGUAUGGAGCAUUUUUUAUUUGAAAUUAAAGCCAUUAACAACA